AUGGGGUUAUUUGACCUCAUCAGGAGACACCGGAAGGGUAAGAAAGAGAUCCGAGUGCUGAUUCUCGGACUAGAUAACUCUGGCAAGACCACCAUUUUACGUAAGCUUUGUGAAGAAGACACGUCUGUCAUAAUGCCUACCCAAGGAUUCAACGCAAAAACAAUCAAGGGGCCCAAGGGUGUUAGUCUAAACUGCUGGGAUGUGGGCGGGCAAAAGGCGAUUCGAACGUACUGGCAAAACUACUACGCUGGCACUACCUGUCUUAUUUGGGUCGUAGACGCAGCAGACGUCAAGAGAAUGGACGAAGUAGCACUUGAAGUAUCGCUUGCCUUGGAGGAUUGCAGACUUGCUGGUGUCCCCAUUCUAGUUUUCGCAAAUAAGCAAGACCUAGCGACAGCCCUGAAGCCAAGCGAUCUUUGUGACAAAAUUGGACUAUGGGCUCUGCGAGAUCGCGUUUGGCAUAUCCAAGGCUGCAGUGCUUUAACUGGCGAAGGCCUUGAAGAAGGGAUCCUAUGGAUGGUCAGUAAGACUGACAAGUAG